UCCGCGCCAAGAUCUUAAUGCAAGAUUUAUGGCAAGAAAAGGUCGGAUGGGAUGACAUUCUCACGCCGCCAAUUAUUCAGCGCUGGACGUCGUUUCGCGAUGAGCUAUCCCAACUAUCUCAGCUAGUUAUUCCUCGAUGGCUCAAUCUACGCGCUGAUAGCUCGAAAGUCGGGGUACAUGGGUUUUCAGAUGCAUCUCAAGUUGCAAUGGCUGCUGCUAUUUACCUCGAGGUAACGACCCUUAACGGAUCAUCAACAGUAACUUUAGUCUGUUCAAAGACUCGAGUUGCGCCUCUUCAUCGUCUCACUAUUCCACGAUUGGAAUUAUCAGCUGCUCUGCUGCUAUGAAAACUGGUCUCUCGUGUUCAGUCGACUCUCCAGCUCCAACACGUUCCCGUCUCAUUGUGGACUGACUCUGCUGUGACCCUGGCUUGGAUUAACAGCGAUCCAAUGCGCUGUAAGGAGUUCGUGAAGGACCGAGUUCAAGAGAUUCAGCAAACCUCGCCAAACGCCAUCUGGAGAUUCGUCUCAGGGAAGCAAAAUCCUGCAGAUUGUGCUUCUCGAGGUUUUACACCGGCACAACUUAUCAAUCACAAACUCUGGUGGUCUGGACCCGACUGGUUAGCCCAACAGAGCCAUUUCUAGCCAUCUUUGAAGCAUCAGAUGAUCAACUUGCCGACAUCGAGAUUCGCCCAAGCACAGUGUACACCUCCUCAAGAACUAAGCUGCCGUUGGAUGUCCUAUUCUACGAAGACAGACCCCUCACCAAACCGUUCCAUGUCACAGCCACGAUUCAACGGGCAGUGGCAUGCUUCAAGAAAGUUCCUGGAUCCAGCUUGGACUCAUUACCUCUAAAUCCUGCUGAUCUCCAGUUUGCUUUGACGUUCCAGAUCAAAUCCACGCAACAAAUCUACUUCGCCAGUGAGAUUCGAGCACUAUCACAAGGCAAGAGUCUUGCUAAAUCGCACCCUCUCUCUCGACUUACAGCCUGGAUCGACCAGACUGGUUUACUUCGAGUUGGUGGACGCUUACAAAACUCUCAACUCGAUGAAGACGCCAAACAUCCUCCAAUCAUGCCGAAGGAUUCAGAAAUCUCCAGGCUUAUCAUCGCCAACGCCCACACUCGCACGAUGCAUGGUGGAACCCAACUGACACUUGACUAUGUUCGUCGAUACUGUUGGAUACUUGGUGGUCGUGCCCCUAUCAAAUCCUUCAUUCAUCGAUGCGUCACCUGCACCAGGAUACGUGGCAUCCGUGCUCUACAACGCAUGGGACAGCUCCCAGCCUCCCGUGUCACACCAUCAUUUGUCUUCGAGAAUGCUGGAGUCUACUACGCAGGUCCAGUUUCUCUCAAGUCGUUUCAAGGGCGCGGCACACGCUCAUACAAGGCUUGGAUCGCAGUGUUCGUGUGUUUUUCAACUUUUGCUAUCCACCUGGAACUGGUAACUGACUACAGUGCCCAAGGCUUCUUGAAAGCGUUCAGACGCUCCACAGCCCGACGAGGCAUCUGCAAGACGCUCACCAGCGACUGCGGAACCAACUUUCAAGGUGCUUGUGUCAUCUUGAAACGCCUGCUACCUGGUUUUACCAAGGAAUCGCAACAUCUUCAGCAACUUAUCGCCAACGACGGUACAACAUGGAAGUUCAAUCCUCCAGGAGCUCCUCACAUGGGCGGCAAAUGAGAAGCUGCCGUCAAAUCCGUCAAGCAUCACCUAGCACGCACCAACACGGACAAAAUCCUCACGUACGAGGACUUCUCCACGCUUCUGACCCAGGUGGAAGCUGUGCUAAACUCUCGACCUCUCAGUGCUCUAUCAGAAGACCCUGAAUGGACAAAAAAAUUAUCGGAAUUCGGCGGUUUCAUGGAGCUCAGCGCAGACGUCCAUCAGGAGAGUCCGAUCCCAAGAAGCACGACAUUUCUUAUUUUCACGACCUUCGAUGAAAAACAAUUGGGUUUCAGUGAAAAAUAAGUUCCUCGAGUCAUCCAACGUAUUUCGCAUGAUUUCGGUGAAAGAAAAGUGAAUUAUUUUAAAAAUUAGAAAAAAAUUGGUUAUUCUGAAAAUAUAAAAAAAUGUAUUAUUUUGGAAACAGGAAUAAAAUUACUAAUUAUAUCGAGAAUAGAAAAAAAAUUGGUUAUUUUGGAAUGGCCGACCUAUCAGUCGAUCUCUCCUGAUAAACUUCUGCGGAAAUUACAUGAUCUCGAAAACGAGUUGAUCAAAAAACCUGAAACUAAAGGAUCUUUCAUUCAAGCAAAAUAUCUGCGCGUCGUACUUUUGUUCAAAAUUUGGUUUUGUAAGAAAAAUUUAAAUUGGCGGAACAAAAUCGCGAAAAUUCGUAUCAUCGAUAUGAAAGUUGGCAAUCGAUUAACAAAACUGAUGUUGAAUAUUCAAAGCAUAAAAUUGCGGAUGAAAACGGGUCGAUCAAAUUCAAAAAACCUUGUAAUCAGCCAUUUGCGAAUCACAUUGCUACAAAUUCGUGAUGAAAUGUCCGGAAUCCGAAAUGGUUUAUUUGAAAUUAUUCAUCGAAUUCUCAACUUUAUAUUAUAAUUCAUAUCAAAAUUAAACGUCGAAAAUAACUGUACGAAAUAAGUAAAACAUUUCUCUAGUCAGCAAUCUCA